AUGUCAGAGAAAUACCCCAUCGGCACUCGCAAGGAGAGCGAGCAUCUCGUUACCGAGUGGGGGUUCAAACAUGUAUUCACCUGGUCAGAUGGAAGCGGCGCGCAUUAUUCACCACACUCCCACGGCGGGCUAACAACACAUCUCAUCCGCCGGGGCUCUUUCACAAUCACAUACCCAGAUGACAAUGCCAAAUUGCAUCACGGCGAAGUAAAGAAAGAGACAUUCGGUGUUGGAGAGCGGAUUGAUGUUCCUGCUGGGAAGGUCCAUGAAGUUUGGAUUGGGGAUCAGGGGUGUGAAUAUGUUAUUGGGGAGUUACUUGAGUAG